CGCCCUUAUCUUCCAGCUCUUUUUCUUCCUUCGACUUGCUUGCUUCUUUGCUCGUCCUGCGCUUCAAUCCCCACGAGCACAUAUUCUUGUGGGUUUCAGCUUAUCCGCCAGCGGUAUCAUCUAGUGUUCGGGUAGCAAGCACCAUCUGGACCCGAGAGACCAUCACCAUCUCUGCCAAUAUUAUCCGAUCGAUCGAUCAUCGACCAAAGCUCAUCGGAGACGAGAGAUCUGUCUAUUCGGCUGAAUCCAUGAUGUCUGAUCCGCAAGAGGUCUAUCUGCUCCCCUUGAAGGAUGAUGGCUCUCCCGAUGUUCCCGGCGGCUACAUUUACCUGCCUCCGCCAACCAACCCCCCAUAUUUGCUCCGGUUCGUCAUCGAAGGAAGUAGUUCGAUUUGCAGAGACGGAUUGCUGUGGAUAAAUGUUCCUGAGCCUGGAAGAUCCUUUGACCGCUCUGUCUUCCAAAGUUUCCGAUUGCACCCGGACUUCAACAAGAACAUUCAGAUUGAUAUUGCUAUCACUUCUCCGGGAGCUUUCGCCUUUUACACGACAUUUUCUCCGCUUCCGGCUUUCUCAGUCUCCCCUAUCGCGACGGCUGCAACCGCAAGAACGUCCACCCAUUACAUCGAUGUAUCCCCGGCCCUGACCAUCAAGGGCCAGCACCUUCCUCUCAAUGCCCUUUCAAUCUUUUCGGUCAUUUCCAAGUUCAUGGGGAAGUAUCCCACAGAUUGGGAGAGGCAAAUCGAAAGCAUCAGUGGCCGCAAUUACAACAUGAUCCAUUUUACGCCUUUGAUGGAACGUGGUGUUUCGAACUCUCCUUACAGCAUUUACGACCAGUUGACCUUUGAUAAGGCUUCAUUUCCAAACGGAGAGUCGGACGUUGCCCAAUUGGUUUCGAGAAUGGAAAAUGAUUAUGGCCUCUUGUCCCUCACAGACGUGGUUUGGAACCACACGGCAAAUAAUAGUCAAUGGCUUGAGGAGCAUCCGGAAGCAGGUUAUAGCGUUGAGACGGCUCCAUGGCUCGAGGCUGCAUUGGAAUUGGAUAAUGCUUUGCUGGAAUUUGGCCGUGAACUUGGUUCCCUGGGUCUUCCCACGGAGUUUAAGACCGUUGACGAUCUCUUGUCCGUCAUGAACGUGCUGAAAGAUCGUGUCAUACACGGUUUGCAGCUAUGGGAAUUUUACGUGAUUGAUGUGAAAACCAACACCCAGGCAGUCAUGGAAAAAUGGAAAAGCUCGGAUAAGAUAGACUUGACGAGCGAGCCAUGGUCACAGUUCGAUCUCGUUGAUUACAAGGAUUGGCCUCUCAAGAAGCAGGCCAACUUCCUCCGUGAGCAUGCGAUACCAACACACAAGCAGGUCCUUGGGAGAUUCGAGCGCAAAAUUGAUGUCAACGUUGGCGCGGCUGCCCUGGCGGCACUUUUCGGCACCAGUGACCAUACAGAAUCGGAUGCUACCGUCGAAGGUACCCUGGUGGCCAUUCUCGAUGAAGUGAAUUUGCCUCUCUACAAAGAGUACGAUGAGGAUGUCUCCGAGAUUAUGAACCAGCUCUUCAAUCGUAUCAAGUAUCUCCGAAUAGAUGAUCAUGGACCAAAGCUUGGCCCUGUGACCGAUAAUAACCCAAUGAUCGAGACCUAUUUCACCAGACUACCUGUCAAUGACAUCACCAAGCGCCAUAGUUCCAAGGCACUUGCCCUGGUGAACAAUGGCUGGAUUUGGAACGCUGAUGCAAUGCGAGACAAUGCUGGUCCGGACUCCAGGGCAUAUUUACGUCGGGAGGUGAUUGUUUGGGGCGAUUGCGUGAAGCUGAGAUACGGGUCCUGUCCUCAAGACAACCCAUUCCUAUGGAAUUUCAUGACCCAGUAUACGCGACUCAUGGCGAGAUACUUCUCAGGCUUCCGCAUUGAUAACUGCCAUUCAACGCCCCUUGUGGUUGCCGAGUACCUGCUGGACGAGGCUCGAAAAAUCCGACCCAACCUUACAGUAUUCGCUGAACUUUUUACCGGCUCCGAGGAUGCCGACUACAUUUUCGUCAAACGACUUGGCAUAAACGCCCUUAUUCGAGAGGCGAUGCAAGCCUGGAGCACAGGGGAGCUAAGCCGACUAGUGCACCGUCAUGGCGGUCGUCCUAUUGGAAGUUUUGAUGUCAACUUGCCGUCAGCAGGUAGUAGCCAUGCAAUGGCCUCUGCGAGUCCCGAAAACGCGCAGGAGAGUAUUUCACAUAUUCGGCCUUGCCCUGCUCAGGCUUUGUUCAUGGACUGUACUCAUGACAAUGAGACGCCAUCGCAGAAGCGGACUGCAAAGGAUACCUUGCCAAAUGCCGCCCUGGUCUCGAUGUGUGCAUCGGCGAUAGGGAGUGUUAUGGGCUAUGACGAGAUAUAUCCAAAACUAAUAGAUCUGGUCCACGAGGAACGACUGUAUUCAUCCGGAAAACCAGAAUCUUCCACCCGGGAUGAUCAUUCUUCUGAGAGUGGCAUUGGUACUGUGAAGACUCUCCUAAACAGACUUCACACCAUGAUGGGGGUAAACGGAUACGAUGAAACCCAUAUCCAUCAUGACGGCGAGUAUAUCACUGUCCACAGAGUACAUCCCAGAACUCGGAAAGGUGUUUUCCUGAUAGCGCAUACCGCAUUCCCUGGCCAUGAAAGCCAGCCCCCUUUGGCGCCUACCCAUCUCACUGGUACUCAAGCAAAACAUAUCGGGACCUGGCUGCUGGAGGUGGAUGCGACUGACAAGACGAAAAAUGAAAUACUAGCUGAUAAAUCACAUUUGCGAGGACUGCCCAGUGAAGUUCGCGAAAUUGAGGGGACCACCAUGGAGCAUCAAGGAAACGAUACGAUCAUUUCUGUGUUGAGCCCUUUCGUCGCCGGAUCCAUUGCACUCUUUGAAACCUCCAUUCCAGAAGCCGAACACUCGACGGGUCUGGCUAAUUACAUCACUGAAGGUGCUGAGCUUGCGUUUUCGAAACUCAGUCUUAUCGAUCUAAACUUUCUACUCUACCGUUGCGAAGCAGAGGAGAGAGAUUCUAGUGAUGGUCAGGAUGGAGUAUACAGCAUCCCCAACCACGGGCCUUUAGUUUAUGCCGGGCUUCAGGGAUGGUGGAGCCUACUUGAAAACAUUAUCAAGUAUAACGAGCUCGGACACCCAUUAUGUGAUCACCUACGACAAGGCCAGUGGGCUCUUGAUUAUAUAGUGGGACGCUUGGAGAAAGUUGCUCAAAAGGAAGGAUACGAUGCGGUGCGUGAACCUUGUGCGUGGCUGCGAGAGAGGUUUGACGCGGUCCGCAAACUGCCAAACUUUCUUCUGCCGAGAUAUUUCGCCAUCAUUGUCCAAGUUGCCUACAAUGCGGCUUGGAAGAGGGGCAUAUAUCUUUUGGGGAGCAACAUCCAGAAAGGCCAGGAAUUCGUGCAUCAACUGGGCAUGGUUAGCGUGCAGCAAACAGGCUACGUUAACUCUGCAUCUUUGUGGCCGACAAAAAGAGUACCAAGCCUCGCAGCUGGUUUGCCACACUUUGCCACGGACUGGGCAAGGUGCUGGGGCCGGGACGUCUUUAUUUCUCUUCGGGGACUUUUGUUGUGCACCAACCGAUUUGAUGAAGCCAAAGAACACAUCGUUGCCUUUGCCAGUGUGCUCAAACAUGGCAUGAUUCCUAAUCUUCUGAGUAGUGGGAAGCUUCCUCGCUACAACUCUCGAGACUCGGUGUGGUUCCUUUUGCAGGCCAUUCAGGACUAUACAAAAAUGGUACCAGACGGCCUGCAGCUUCUAAAGGAACAGGUUCCACGAAGGUUUCUACCAUAUGACGACGCCUGGUUUCCAUUCGAUGACCCGCGGGCGUAUUCUCAACAUUCGACAGUUUCCGAUAUCAUCCAGGAAGUCUUUCAACGCCAUGCUAGCGGCCUUUCUUUCAGGGAAUACAAUGCGGGGCAGGAAUUGGACAUGCAAAUGAAGCCGGAGGGUUUUCAGAUAGAUGUGACUGUCGACUGGGAGACAGGAUUGAUCUUUGGGGGUGGUCAGUCCAACUGUGGUACAUGGCAAGACAAAAUGGGGGAGAGCGAGAAAGCUGGGAACAAGGGCUGGCCUGGGACACCACGGGAUGGUGCAGCCAUUGAAAUUACCGGCCUGGUUUAUAGUGCCCUGAAAUGGGCCGCUGGUCUUCACCAACAAGGCCUCUAUGAUCACGACAGGGUCCAGAUACGAGAUGGCGAAUCGAUCACUUUCGAGGAUUGGGCUGGAAGAAUCAAAAGCAGCUUCGAACGCUGUUACUAUGUGCCCGUUGAUCCGAGUGAGGACAGUCAGUACGAUGUCGACACCAAUAUCGUCAACCGCAGAGGCAUUUAUAAAGACCUGUACAGAUCUGGGAAACCGUAUGAAGACUAUCAGCUUCGAUCAAACUUCCCCAUUGCCAUGACUGUAUCACCGGACCUGUUUUCCCCUACCAGAGCCUUGGCUGCUCUUGCUCUCGCCGAUACUGUGCUUGUCGGGCCGAUGGGGAUGGCCACGCUCGACCCGUCUGAUUUGAACUAUCGGCCCAACUAUAACAACUCGGAAGAUUCAACUGAUUUCGCAACUUCCAAGGGUAGGAAUUACCACCAAGGCCCUGAAUGGGUCUGGCAGCGGGGUUACUUUCUCCGAGCUUUCCUCUACUUUGACCUGGCUCGACGAAGGACGCCCGAGGAACGAACUGAAGCUUAUCAGCAAGUGACUCGGCGUCUGGAAGGAUGCAAACGGGCUCUUCGAGAAAGUCCCUGGAAAGGUCUUACAGAACUGACAAACCAGAGUGGAAAACAUUGCGCAGACUCGUCACCGACACAGGCUUGGUCUGCCGGGUGUCUGCUCGAUGUGUAUUAUGAUGCUUUACGCUAUUCCUCGCCGACGAUCCGCAUCUGGUAUGGGCCAUUCAAAAUGCAGUACAAGAGCAUCGAUGCGAUCGACUAUUACGAGGAGAAACUGCGCAGAAUCGACGAACAUAUCCGGCUUGCGCGGCAGAAGGAAUACCCACCCACCGAAUUAGCUUUUGUUACCAUGGAAUCCAUCGCUGCCUCCCAGAUGCUCGUUCAAACCAUUCUCGAUCCUCAUCCCAUGCGUCUUCUUGCUCGACUAGCUCCUGCUCCGGCUGACGUUGUCUGGAAAAACACGUACCAGCCACGCUCGAGACGAAUGAUGCAAUCCUGGUUUAUCACCGGGGUUAUUGGGUUUUUAACCAUCUUCUGGUCGGCUCUUUUGGUCCCCUUCGCAUACCUUCUGAACUUGCAGACGCUCGGCAAAGUAUUCCCUCAGUUGGCCGAUGCCCUUGCCCGGCAUGCUCUUCUGGGAUCGCUUGUUCAGACUGGAUUGCCGACUUUGGUUCUCUCGCUGUUGACCGUGGCCGUCCCAUACAUGUACAAUUGGCUAUCGAAUCUGCAAGGAAUGAUGUCGCGUGGUGACGUGGAGUUAUCGGUCAUAUCCAAGAACUUUUUCUUCUCGUUCUUUAACCUAUUCCUCGUCUUCACUGUUUUCGGAGCAGCCACGACAUUCUACGGCUUUUUGGACAGGCUGCGAGGUGUGUUCAAAGACGCGACCACCAUCGCGUUUGCACUGGCCCAAACAUUGGAAGGUUUCGCGCCCUUUUACAUCAACCUCAUAAUCCUGCAAGGGGUGGGCUUAUUUCCUUUCCGACUCCUCGAAUUCGGCAGUGUCGCGCUGUACCCCUUCAACUUUCUGACUGCGAAGACACCACGAGACUACGCAGAGCUGUCGACACCCCCCACUUUUAGCUACGGAUACUCUAUCCCGCAGACCAUCUUGAUCCUGGUCAUCUGUGUGGUCUACAGUGUGUUCCCCAGUUCAUGGUUGAUUUGCCUGUUCGGCCUUGUGUACUUCACCAUUGGCCGGUUCAUUUACAAAUACCAACUGUUGUAUGCAAUGAACCACCAACAGCACUCGACCGGGCGAGCAUGGCCAAUGAUCUGCAACCGGGUCUUGGUUGGAUUGAUGUUUUUCCAGCUGGCCAUGAUCGGCGUCCUGUCCCUGCGCCGAGCGAUCACCCGAUCACUGCUUCUUGUGCCCCUUCUCGGUGCAACUGUGUGGUUCAGCUAUUUCUUUGCCAGAAGCUACGAACCACUCAUGAAAUUCAUUGCUCUCAAAAGCAUUGACCGAGAUCGCCCGGGAGGUGGAGAUAUUUCCCCUUCGCCGUCGGCGACGUUCUCACCUCCGUCUGGUCUCGAUCGCGAUGCUCUCCCGCCCUGCUUUGGCAGCCAGGAACUGAAUUCCAGGCUCAGGAAAUAUGUCAACCCGAGUCUUGUUGUGCCGCUCAGCGAAGCAUGGCUCCCGGGACACGGGACGCCGAAUAACGUCGUUUGA